AGCAGCAGCUCAGCUGACCCAGCCAGCCUUUCCAGCUCGGUUAGCCGCAUAGCUUAGCCUACUUUAGCACAGCUUCGCUCGGCUGCGCCCUGUCCCCAGGAGCAGACUGCGAAUGCUUCAUUUCUUCACGGACGUUUCCUAAAACGUUCCUGUUUUCGUGUUCACCGCAUCAGACUAAGGAGGACAGCGGCGGGCCGGCGCUUCUGAUAUUAGCAGCUGUCUUAGUGUUAGCUUACCAGCUAACUAAAUGGUAAUGGUACACAGCUGGUUAGCCGGUUCGAAAUCUGUUAGCUAGGUUAUAUUUUUCUUCUGGAUAUUUUACUGGUUAGCUGACCAGCUGCCUUUCUUAUUGUCCAGCUGCACAAGAAGUCAGUUAAGCCGCGAAAUCAUGUCUUGUGCCUGCACUUCAGCGGCGAGAGUGAUGAUAAAUUCAGCACAUAAAGGAAUCUCUGGCUCAAGAUUACAGCUGCUCUCUCUGAGCAGAGCAGGAUCUCAUGAAAUUCGUCUGAGCCGUGCUGUCCCCGUCAGAUCCUUCUCAGAGACAUCUGUGUACUAUGCAUCUAAGGACGGGAUAAAAGAUGGAGAUGGUGGAAAGAAGUCUGUGAGUGAAGGAAGUGGGAAAAGAUCCAGCUCAGGCAACUCGGGGAAAGGAGGAAGUCAGCUUCGCUGCCCUAAAUGCGGAGAUCCCUGCACACACGUGGAAACCUUUGUCUCCUCAACUAGGUUUGUCAAAUGUGAAAAAUGCCAUCACUUUUUCGUGGUGCUGUCGGAAACAGACACGAAGAAAAGUCUGAAUAAAGAUCCAGAAACAGCUGCUGAAGCUGUGAAGCUGGCCUUCCAACAGAAACCACCACCACCUCCCAAGAAGAUCUAUACCUACCUUGAUAAGUAUGUUGUGGGCCAGGCCCAUGCCAAGAAGGUGCUGUCAGUGGCUGUGUACAACCACUACAAGCGCAUUUACAACAACAUGCCGGCAGGUUCCAGACAGCAGCAGGUGGAGGUGGAGAAGCAGGGCUCCCUCACACCCCGAGAGCUAGAGCUAAGACGUCGGGAGGAUGAGUACAGAUUCACAAAGCUGCUGCAGAUUGCAGGGAUCAGCCCCCAUGGUAACGCUUUGGGUGCCUCCAUGCAGCAGCAGGUGAACCAGCAGGCUCCUCAGGAGAGGAGAGGAGGAGAAGUGCUCGAUUCCAACCACAUGGGCAUCAAACUGGAGAAGAGCAACAUUGUGCUGCUGGGCCCCACCGGCUCCGGCAAAACACUCUUGGCCCAAACUCUAGCCAAAUGCCUGGAUGUCCCUUUUGCGAUCUGUGACUGCACCACCCUCACGCAAGCUGGCUAUGUGGGAGAGGACAUAGAAUCAGUCAUUGCGAAACUACUGCAGGACGCCAACUACGUCGUAGAGAAAGCUCAGCAGGGCAUUGUUUUCUUGGAUGAAGUUGACAAAAUCGGCAGUGUGCCUGGAAUCCAUCAGCUAAGAGAUGUUGGUGGAGAAGGAGUUCAGCAGGGUUUACUCAAACUUCUGGAAGGCACAAUUGUGAAUGUUCCUGAGAAAAACACCAGGAAGCUGAGAGGCGAGACGGUGCAAAUUGAUACUACAAACAUCUUGUUUGUCGCAUCUGGUGCUUUUAAUGGACUGGAUCGCAUAAUCAGCAGAAGAAAGAAUGAGAAGUACCUGGGCUUUGGUGCACUAUCUAAUCUGGGUAAGGGUCGACGGGCGGCAGCAGCAGCCGAUGUGGCCAACAUCACAGGUGGUGAGGUGGAUGCGGUGCUUGAGAUUGAGGAGAAAGACCGGCUCCUGAAACUUGUGGAGGCACGAGAUCUCAUCGAGUUUGGAAUGAUCCCGGAGUUUGUGGGCCGCCUGCCAGUGGUGGUGCCGCUGCACAGCCUGGACGAGGACACGCUCGUGCGCAUUCUGACUGAACCCCGCAAUGCUGUGGUGCGCCAGUACCAGGCCCUCUUCAGUAUGGACAAGUGUGACCUAAACGUGACAUCAGAUGCCUUGCGGGCGAUCGCCAGAAUGGCACUGGAACGUAAGACGGGCGCCCGAGGGCUUCGGUCAAUAAUGGAAAAACUGCUGCUCGACCCCAUGUUUGAAGUGCCACACUCUGAUAUUGUAGCUGUGGAGAUAAACAAGGAUGUGGUAUUUGGAAAAGAAGAAGCUCAUUAUGUAAGAGCACCAGCAAAAGAGGCAGCAGAGGAGGAAUACGACUCUGGAAUUGAAGAAGACAACUGGGCCCGGCAGGCUGACGCAGCCAAGAAUUAAAACCAGCGGACGUAAACAAAUCUCCUUAUUUAAGCUCUGAAUGAUGUUUAUUUCAGUCUAAUGAGUAAGUGAUUAGUCACCUCACCAGUCCAAAGGGUCCAUUUAUACAUAGAAAUUAUGUAGACCUUAUAUAAUCCGUUCUAAUGAGAAUCUGUAAGUUAGUGUGGAAAAUUCCAUAUUAAGUACAAAUGAUUUCAAACCAAAUGUACUCUUGAGUUAUGCUCCCCAGUGAGAGACUGUUAAUAUUAAAUGUAAAGAAAUUUAUUUUAUUCCUUACUAAACAGAAAGGCAUUUUCAUUUUUAUGAACUUUCAUUUGCUUUAAAUGGAGAUGAGAAGAUAAAGGUCCUAAUUUCCUGUCACAAACUCACAACUCAUUUUUCCUGCAUAGGCUAUGAUGUACUGGUCAUUAUGUAACUCGUUUCAAAUGUAGUUCUGUUUACCAGCUGAGGUACUUUGUUUCUUUAUAUGUGUAAAUCUCUCAUCUGACGGUGAAAGAAAAGGCUGUUUUUUUUUUUUUUUUUUUUUUUUUUUUCUUCCUAGGGAAUCUCAGUGGCUGUAUAUGAGGUUCUUAACAGAAACAACUUUGUAAAGGGUUUUUAUAGUUCUCAGUAUCUGCUGCUGCAAUAUUACCCUCUAUGCUGCAGUAUUUUUGUGCAUGGGUGUCUUUUAAUGAACUGGUUUAGGUUGAUGGGAAGCUGAAGAAUCUUCCUGAAUGCUGUUGAUAUGCUACUGAAGAGCUGAAAUAAGAGAGAUGUCUUAUUGCCAUAACACAGACAGUUCUCCCCUAAGACUACAUCCAGAAUUAAUCCAAGAAUGACUCUUAUCUUUCUCUGCUGCGUAACUUUUUGCUCUCUUUUUGCACAUGGAUGUAAUCCGUGAGCAUAAAUCAGUCGAGAUCCCAGAGAAGCAGUUGUAAUGCUUGUGAAAUACAUGCCUGUGCAAGUUGGAGAGCUAAAAAAUAAUGAGCCAUUCUGAAGACAUUCUGAAAAGAGGCUGGCAUUAGUUCAAUAGGUCCGGCACAUUCUACACACAAAAAUGUGUAGAUUUUUGUUUGUGUUGUGCGUCUGAAUGACCUGCCUGUGUGAUCUGUAUGAGCAAGCACAUUAGUCUGUAAUUCAGCCUUUUUAAACAGUUUCAGCUUUUUCCCAGCAAAAGUUUUGUGUAGUGAUUUCUCAGAAUAAGUUUCGAUCUAGGGUCAUCUGCCCCUUUUCCAAUGACUGUCGUAUGCAAAAGUUUGUGACUCCCUGGUGAACUUUUUCUAAGUGAAAAUAAGUGCACAUCCUCUACAGUUGACAAAUUGAGGGGAGGGGCCACAUAAAAUGUUGGAAAAAUUAUGGCUCCCUACACUAUGUACACUAAGGGAUUUAGAGACGUCUCUGGUGAAAAUGUGUAAUUGUACGCAACAAGUGGAAGAACCUUUUGAAAUGUGGGUUGUGCUUUGGGCCCCUUCCCCAAGCAGAUGAAUCUGAUGAUUGUGAGCACACUGAAAGAGUGUUCAAAGUGAAUUAUCUACUGUCGUCAUCAGAUCAUCAAUAUCAUGUUAUGUUUAUUUUAGAAACCUGAACAUCAAGUCAGACGUAAAAAUGAAGUCUGUGCAUGAUGUUAAUACAUAACUUGGCCAUGUUAACAUGGUUUUUUUUUUUUUAUUAUUAUUAUUAUUAUUUUUUUUUUUUAACUUUCCUGAUUUAAGUAAUGCUACUGCUUUUCAAUAAAAAAAAACCUUAUAGUGCAGCUUUAAAACCACCAAAUGAAUAGACAUUGUGCAAUAUGUGCUGAAAAAUGCCAUAUGUAAAUUUGCUCCCUGUGGAGGAUGUUAACUUAUUUUCACUCAAUAAAAUUUUAUCAGAUUGGAGAUCUUCAAACUUUCGCAUAUGGUUUUAAAUCAGUGUUCAUUAGUUUAAACUGUUUCACUCUUCAGGAGUGAUGAACCUGUUUUUUCUUACACCAGUCUACAAUACUUGUUUCUGCAAAACCGAUGGUGCUGAAUGCUAUAAUGUACAAAUUAGUCCUAUAACCAUUCAUAAUGUUUUUACUGUGUGGAUCCUAGCGAGUCGCAGCUCGAGACCAGUGUUUUGGAAGGUGUUAUGAUGAAUCUAGAUCUUCAGUCAGUGCAAAUUGUGGUCACAGUAAUGCAGGCCAGUCAAUGAUGAGGUUUUUACUAUAUGGCCACAUAUUAUGUAAUAUGCAUAAUUGAGAAAAAUCCCAGCUUUACAGUUCAUUUCCUUGAUUCAAGUUACAUGAAUCAAUAACUUGCAGAAAGCUAAUUGAUGUACUGAUCCUAGGUCAACAUCCUUACUCUGAGAUGAAUAAUAGACUUGAUCCCAGGUCUCUAGUCUUUUGUAGGCUGUCUUGUAAAAUGUAUGGAUUAAUAAAAGCUGUCCUUAACUUUCUAA